GCCCGCGCAGCCCGCGCAGCCCGCGCAGCCCGCGCAGCCCGCCCCCAACUCUCCCGCCGCGCGCUGACCCCGGGCUUGGAGGUCGCGGAGGAGGCUGUUCUGGCGAGUCGAGUACCCGCGCCCGCGAACCUUCCACCUGCAGAGGACCCGGGUGCAGCCAUGGGCUACCAGGGUCAGCGGCCCGUCGUCCCGCCACAGAGCCAUCUAGAUGACAGAGAAACCCUCGUUUCUGAACAUAAGGACAAAGGGAAAACUUGUCGUCAGUCUGCUGCUGUUUUUAAUGUUGUCAACUCGAUUAUAGGAUCUGGUAUAAUAGGAUUGCCUUAUUCAAUGAAGCAAGCUGGCUUUCCUCUGGGAAUAUUGCUUUUAUUCUGGGUUUCAUAUGUUACAGACUUUUCCCUUGUUUUAUUGAUAAAAGGAGGGGCCCUCUCAGGGACAGACACUUACCAGUCUUUGGUCAAUAAAACUUUUGGCUUUCCAGGAUAUCUCCUACUGUCUGUUCUACAAUUUUUGUAUCCUUUCAUAGGUAAGGAUGAAUAUGAAAUUGAAUAUUCUAUGAUAAGUUACAACAUAAUAACUGGAGAUACUUUGAGCAAAGUUUUCCAAAGAAUCCCUGGAGUUGAUCCUGAAAACUUGCUUAUUGGUCACCAUUUCAUUAUUGUGCUUUCCACUGUUGCCUUUACUCUGCCUUUGUCCUUGUAUCGAGAUAUAGCGAAACUUGGAAAGAUCUCUCUUAUUUCUACAGUUUUAACAACUCUGAUUCUUGGAAUUGUAAUGGCAAGGGUAGUUUCGUUGGGUCCACACAUACCAAAAACAGAAGAUGCCUGGAUAUUUGCAAAGCCCAAUGCUAUUCAGGCUGUUGGUGUAAUGUCGUUUGCAUUUAUUUGCCACCAUAACUGCUUCUUAGUUUAUGGUUCUUUGGAAGAACCCACAGUAGCUAAGUGGUCUCGCAUCAUCCAUGUGUCCACCUUGAUUUCUGUAUUUAUCAGUAUUCUCUUUGCUACAUGCGGAUACUUGACAUUUACUGGCUACACCCAAGGAGACUUAUUUGAAAAUUAUUGCAGAAAUGAUGACUUGGUAACAUUUGGAAGGUUUUGUUAUGGAGUCACUGUCAUUUUGACAUACCCGAUUGAAUGCUUUGUGACUAGAGAGGUAAUUGCCAAUGUGUUUUUUGGUGGGACUCUUUCGUCAGUUCUCCACAUUAUCAUAACAGUGGUUAUCAUUACUGUGGCCACACUUGUGUCAUUGCUGAUUGAUUGCCUUGGAAUAGUUUUAGAGCUCAAUGGUGUGCUCUGUGCAGCUCCCCUAAUUUUUAUCAUCCCAUCAGCAUGUUAUCUGAAACUGUCUGAAGAACCGAGGACACACUCAGAUAAGAUUAUGUCCUGUGUCAUGCUUCCCAUUGGUGCUGUGGUGAUGGCUGUUGGAUUUGUCAUGGCCGUCACCAAUCCUCAAGACUGCACCCACGGGCAGGAAAUGUUCUACUGCUUUCCCGACAAUUUCUCCCUCACGAACAUCUCAAUUUCUCACUUUCAACUGACAACACAACUUUCAAUUUUAAACGUCAGCAUCUUUCAGUGAGUUGCGUGCUUUAAAAAAUAGGUAUUUUUCAUAGACUUCUAAACUGCGCAAUAACAUUCGCACAUGUUUUAGUCUCUAUAUUAUAAAAGUAUUACUUUGGCAUUUAUCAAGACUUGGUUUUUCUUUACUCUUUAGUCCAGUAUAAAAGAUAAAAAGGAGGGAAUUCCCUAGCGGCCCAGUGGUUAGGACU